GAGAUUGUUUACAAAAUAAAUUAAUCAAAUUUUCGGCGUGUUCGAGUCUGUUCAUAACAGACAUUUCAAUAGUUAUUUUCAUGUUCCCUACAUUAUUAUUGUCAAAUUUAUAAACUUCUUAAAAUAUUAAGGAACGUUACUCUAGAACGGUACACAAGUAUUUGGAUUUUCUGUUGAUUUGUACAAAUUUACCAGUUAAUCUAUAAAAAAUGGAUGAAGAAACUGAAGUUAAAGAAUAUCGCUGGGAAGGAGGAUAUGAGAAAACAUGGGAAGAAGUCAAAGAAGACGAAGGCGGAAAUGUAGAGUGGUCAGUUAAAGAAAUAAUAGAGAAAUCCAAGCGGUCGUUAGGAACACGUCAGCCCAAUGUUCGUCUUGGUAUGAUGCGACAUUUGUAUGUUAUUAUAGACUGUUCAAAUUCAAUGUUUGAAAAAGAUUUGAAACCUACUAGACAAAUGUGUACCUAUAAAUUACUUCAAGAUUUUAUACAGGAUUAUUUUGAUCAAAAUCCAAUCAGUCAACUAGGCGUUAUAACAACGCGUAAUUCAUCUGCAGAACGAGUGACUGAGUUGUCUGGUAAUAGAAAAUAUCACCUGGACGAACUAAAAAAAACAUUUGGAGAUUUUAAUUAUUGUAAUGGACUCAUGUCAGUUCAAAAUUCAUUGGACUUGGCUUUGUCUUUUAUGAAAAUGUUACCAUCACAUACUAGUCGAGAAAUACUCAUUAUAGGCUCCAGUUUAAGUUCUUGUGAUCCUGGAGAAAUUAACACCACUCUAGAGGCUCUCAAAACCAACAAUAUCCGAGUUUCUAUCAUACAUUUAGCUGCUGAGGUACACAUGUUUCGACAUCUGUGCAACGAAACAAAGGGCAAACAUAAUGUUAUUGUCGACGACGUACAUUUUAAACAUGUACUUUGGUCAUUAGUUGAACCAGUUCCUCUGCCUAAUUCUGUGGAUGCUUCUUGCGUUAAAAUGGGAUUUCCUCAAGAACUAGAACAAAAGCCUCCAUUCACCACUUGUUCUUGUCAUCUGAGCGAAGGUGGUAAAUUGAACGCUAAAGGUUUUUUUUGUCCUCAGUGUAAUAGCAAAUACUGUGAAUUACCAGUAGAAUGCAAAUGCUGCGGGUUAAUUUUGGUGUCUUCGUUGCAUUUGGCUCGUUCUUUACAUCAUUUGGUUCCUAUAAAGCAAUUUGUAAAAAUCGAGCUCGAAGAAGGCGCAAGCGCUUAUUGUUACGGUUGUAGAAAAAGAAUACGUAUUCCAGCAGAAUCAGUGUAUUUGUGCGAGUCUUGUAAAAAACACUACUGCGACGGCUGUGAUAUUUACAUACACAACACAUUGCAUGUUUGUCCCGGUUGUGCUGUGAAGCGUGAUGAAAAAAGAUAACAGCAGUAUAAAAUUAACAAAUUAUAAAUGUAUGUAUACAUACAUAUAUUGUGUUUUUUAUUGUAAUUUUACUUAGAUAUGUAGAAUAAAAUUAAUUCAAUAUAAAUCUUUAUAUUGUUAUUAAGUAUGUACAAAAUACAUUUUUUUUAUACAUUUUUCUGUAAUUAAAAAUAUUGCUUUGGUCUUUUUAAACAA